GAAAGUCUGCUUCUCCAGUUUGAUAUUCGGUCACAAGAGGGCGCUGUUUCCUAAGGAAACUCUGUAAGUGAAACUGAAAAUGCAGAGCCCCUCCCUUAAAGGGACAGACAUUCCUGCCAGCUAGAUCCACAAGGGAAAUCUUGAACAACAGAGACAGCUCAACAAGCCAAGAUUCAAUCUAUGAACGCAUUGCCGGUAUGGCUGGGGUAGAUGGUCUCUGCUCCUGACACCUUUGAGACAAGAUAUUUAGAGAAAAAGAGAAGAGCUUGCUGUUGUUGUGCCAGUGUCUGCAAUGCUUACCUGGCCGAAGGGGCUGCUGCAGCUGCUUCUGCUCCACACCGCCUGGAAAAUGGGGAGCGGUCAGCUCCAUUAUUCUGUGCUGGAGGAAUCCCAGCACGGCACCUUUGUGGGUCACAUCGCCCAGGAUCUGGGGUUGGAGGUGAGCGAGCUGGUGCCUCGGAUGUUCCGGAUGCUGUCCAAAGGAGAGAAGGACUAUUUUGAGGUAAACCUGCAGAAUGGGAUCUUGUUUGUAAAUUCCCGGAUAGACAGGGAGGAGCUGUGUGUCAAGAAUGUAGACUGUGUCCUUCACCUGGAGGUGAUUGUGGAGAAACCUCUGAGGUUCUUCCAUGUGGAGGUUGAAAUCAAAGACAUGAAUGACAAUCCUCCCAUCUUCUCAGCCAGGGAAAAGAUCCUGAGCAUAUCAGAACUCAUAACGUCUGGCACCCAGUUCCUAUUAGAAGGAGCAUCUGAUGCAGAUAUUGGUAUGAAUGCUGUGUUAACUUACAAGCUCAGUCCAAACAACCAUUUUGCUCUUGAUUCAGGAAAUGAUGAAGAUGAGAGUAAACCUGUAGUACUUCUAUUGAAGGCUCCACUUGACAGAGAGGAGAGCCCUGUGCAUCAUUUAGUACUGACAGCCACUGAUGGGGGUGAACCAAAACUCACAGGAACUGUUCAGCUAGUCAUCAAGGUGCUGGAUGUCAAUGACAACCCUCCUGUGUUUAACCAAUCUGUUUAUAGAGUAAAGUUGUUAGAAAAUACAGCUAGUGGGUCAUUAGUCAUUACUCUGAACGCUACAGACUUAGAUGAAGGGAUUAAUAGGGAAAUCUCUUAUUUUUUUACUGAUAGCUUAGCUCCUCAUGUCACAAAGCUCUUUAGUAUAAAUUCUGAUACUGGGGAGAUCAUAGUGAUUGGAAAAUUGGAUUACGAAGAAAGUAAGUUCUAUGAACUUCCAAUUCUGGCAAAAGAUAACGGCAGUUCUCAAUUAUCAGGACACUGUAAAGUUCUCAUUGAGGUUUUGGACAUGAAUGACAACAUUCCAGAACUAUCUGUGAAUUCUCUCUCUGUGCCAUUGCCAGAGAACUCCCCUCCAGGGACUGUGGUAGCUAUAAUCAGUGCUUCUGACAAGGAUUCUGGAAUCAAUGGACAGAUAAACUGUUUCCUCUGGCCCACUGGUGUACCCUUCAAACUUGAAUCUACAUUCAAGAAUUACUACUCCCUGAUUGUUGGUGCAAUCCUAGAUCGAGAGCAGGUGGCUGAGUACAGGAUGGUUGUGACAGUUGAAGAUCAGGGCGUUCCACCACUAUCUUCUAGUCUCACCAUUUUAAUGCCUAUUAGUGACAUAAAUGACAAUGCUCCGGCUUUCACACAGCCCUCCUACACAGUCUUUGUGAAGGAGAACAAUCCCCCUGGUGCUCACAUCUUCACAAUGUCUGCUGGGGACCCAGAUAUAGCUGAGAAUGCCCUGAUUACCUAUUGGAUAGACGAAAAGCUCUGGCCAUUGUCAGGCUACAUCUCUGUACAUUCAGAGAGUGGAAAACUUUAUGCUUUGCAGUCUUUGGACUAUGAGGAGUUGAAACUGCUAGAGUUUCAGGUGAGAGCCAAGGAUGCUGGAAUGCCUUCCUUGUGUGGCAAUGCAACUGUUCAAGUCUUUGUGAUGGAUGAGAAUGACAAUGCACCUGCUGUGUCAAGAUCACCAGAAGAAAACCUGAUUCUUCUAGUGGUCCCUGUGAUGCCUGGGCAUAUUGUAGGCAAGAUCCAUGCUUUGGAUGCGGAUUCUGGAUACAAUGCAUGGCUAAGAUAUGAACUAGUUGAAGAAAGUAGUGGCCCUUGGUCUGUGGGACAGUAUAGCGGUGAGAUGAGUACCAAAAAUUCUCUAGAAGAAUCAGAAGGAAGCAAAAUCCACCGUGUUUUGGUUCUUGUGAAGGACCACGGAAAACCUCAACUGUCAGCUACAGCCACGUUGAGUGUGUCACUUGUGACAAGCAGUGAGACAAUCAAAACAGAUAUUAAUCUUCAAAGGUCAGGGGAGAGCUUUGUGCCCCUGGUGGACUCGAUCAACGUCUAUCUGAUCAUUGCCAUCUGCUCUGUUUCCAGCCUCUUCUUGUUGACCACUCUCAUCUACGUGGCUCUGCGAUGCCACUGCAAGGCAAAAGAAUCCAUGGUUUAUGGCCCUGGCAUGGCCACCUUGGUGUGUGCCAGCAAAGUGGGCAGCUGGUCCUAUUCCAAUCGCCACAGCCACAUCCUGGCUGGUGUGAGCGCAGAGGCUGGUGCCAAGAGUGAUCUCAUGAUUUUCAGUCCCAAUAUUCCUGUCUUUGCAGAUAAUGGGGAACUUAUCAAUGGGAUUGAUGUGCCCCCAGAUUCUGCUAAAAAGUGUCACACUUUGUGA